AAAUAGUGUAAAUUUAAUGUCAAUGUCAAGAAUAAUUAACCAAGAUAAUAUACAUAUAAUGUGCUGUAUUCAGCUGUAGAAUAUUCCAGUAUUACUUCGUUUUUGUUUCUAUGGCGGUGUCGUAUCAAUCGACUUUUCGGGACAGCGGUGUUUGCCAAAAUAACUACCAUAACAACAUUCAGGUUAGACUCUUAGAGAACCCUGUGAUAAAAGCCUUCCUGUCUGGAUCAUGUUCAGGUGUCAUCAGCACAGUUUUAUUGCAACCUUUAGAUGUUGUAAAGACCCGCCUCCAAAAUCCUCCAGCUGCACUUAGAAAUCAGCCAAAUGGACUACAAAUCAUACCUAUAGUUUCUAAUGUAAUAAAACACGAGCAGAUAGGAGGACUAUGGAAGGGCACCACACCGGCAUUAUUGAGAGCAGUGCCGGGAAUAGGAUUGUAUUUCUGCUGUUUAGAAUACGUAAAGACCCAUUUCUUCAAGAAGAAGGCUCCCACAGCCUCAGAAUCGAUACUGAUAGGUAUUAUUGCAAGAGGUAUGGCCGGAGCCACUCUAAUGCCGAUGACAGUUGUCAAAACGAGAAUCGAGAGCGGAGUGUACCAAUACAGCGGCGUUAUGGUAGCACUACAAGAUAUAUUUCACCACGAAGGUAUUAAAGGUUUAACGAGGGGACUGGUGCCGACCAUUUUCCGGGACGCCCCCUACGCCGGAAUCUAUUUCAUGUUUUACAAUCAAUCAAAAUCACUCAUACCAAAAGAUAUUUAUUCCACAUACACAUCACCUGUUAAUUUUGCUUGCGCUGUGAUAUCCAGCACAUUGGCAUCACUAGUUACCCAGCCACCUGAUGUUUUUAAGACACAGUUGCAGCUGCAUCCAGAAAAAUUCAACAGUUUACGGUCUGUGAUGAUUCAUGUUUAUGUUAAACAUGGCUUCUUAGGGUAUUUUCAAGGUAUUGUUCCUAGACUGAUGAGGCGCACAUUGGUGGCGGCGAUUUCGUGGACUUUGUAUGAAAAAGUUAUGCAAAGUAACAAACAAAAAAAGUAUUAAAUUAAUUUUAAGGUUUUUGUAAAUGUAUUUAAAAUGUAAAUAAAAAUUGUUAUAUUUAUUUU